ACUGCGAUCUGGAACUUGAGCCACUGAAAUGGAGUGAGGAUUUAACAUCUGUAAUUAGAGCAGUGAGCGGAAAAGAGAGCAGAAAGUGGCCUGACCGGGCGCGCGACGUGCAUGAAGUCCGCCUGGACUUUUGGCAAUAAGAAGGAACAUGGAUAACUUUUUCACAGAGGGUUCUCGUGUUUGGCUCUGGGAGGAGGAUCAGUAUUGGGCCAGCACAGUGGACUCCUGCUCGGGUGGCAUUGUGGUUUUCCGCACCGACUAUGGACAGGUGUACACCUACAAGCAGAAUGCUUUGAGCAGACAGAGAGUGUAUGAGAUGCACAGUAGCAGUGUGUGUGGUGUAGAGGACAUGGCAGCGCUGCAGGACCUGCAUGAGGGAGCGAUUCUACACAACCUGCACCUGAGAUACACACAACGCAGUAUAUAUACAUAUAUCGGGUCUAUAUUAGCAGCAGUGAACCCGUACCAGCAGCUGCCGGAGCUUUAUGAGGUUUCGGCUGUAGAGCGCUACAGUCGGCAUCACCUGGGGGAAAUCCCGCCUCACAUCUACGCCAUCGCAAACGAGUGCUAUCGCUCGCUCUGGAAACGCAACAACAAUCAGUGUGUGCUCAUCAGCGGGGAGAGUGGCGCAGGUAAGACGGAGAGUACCAAGGUGAUUCUGCGGUUCUUGUCAUUAAUGAGCCAGCAGAGCCUGGAACUUUCCAGAAGACACACAACAUCUCAUGUGGAGGAAGCUCUCCUGGAGAGCAGUCCUAUAAUGGAGGCAUUUGGAAACGCUAAGACGGUGUACAAUAACAACUCGAGCCGCUUCGGGAAGUUCAUCCAGCUUCACUUUAGCCAGCGGGGAAACAUUCAGGGAGGAAAGAUUGUGGACUAUCUAUUAGAGAAGAAUCGUGUUGUGCGUCAGAAUCCCGGCGAGAGGAACUACCACAUAUUCUACGCUUUGCUGGCGGGAGCGAGUGCAGAACAGAGGGAGGAUUUUUCUCUGCUGCCCACUGAGAGUUUUCAUUACCUGAAUCAGUCUGGCUGUGUGACGGAUCCCACUAUCAACGACACACACACGUUCAAGGAAGUGCUGAAUGCCUUGAGGACCAUGCAGUUUGGAGAGGAGAAUAUCUCUGAGGUUUUGAGGCUUUUAGCUGGAAUCCUGCACCUUGGCAACAUUGAAUUUGCCACCGCCGGAGGAGCUCAAGUCUCAUCCAAAGCAGCUCUCACAAGUGCAGCAGAAUUGUUGGGUUUGGACUGCACACAGUUGGCAGAAGUUCUGACACACAGAUCCAUGAUCCUCCGAGGAGAAGAGAUCAGCACCCCACUUACCAUAGAACAGGCCGUCGAUUCUCGGGACUCUAUGGCUAUGGCUCUCUACUCUCAGUGCUUUACCUGGAUCAUCCACAGACUUAACAAGCGUAUCCAUGGCAACGACGACUUCAAGUCUAUCGGCAUCCUGGACAUCUUUGGCUUUGAGAACUUCGAGGUCAACCGCUUCGAGCAGUUUAACAUUAAUUACGCCAAUGAGAAGCUACAGGAGUAUUUUAAUAAACACAUUUUCUCUCUGGAGCAGCUGGAGUACAACAGGGAAGGACUGAUCUGGGAUGAUGUGAACUGGAUGGACAAUGGAGAGUGUCUGGAUCUAAUAGAGAAGAAACUGGGUCUUUUGGCACUGAUGAAUGAAGAAAGUCAUUUUCCUAAAGCCACUGACGCUACAUUGCUGGAGAAGCUCCACAGCCAACACUCGAAAAACCCUUUCUAUAUAAAGCCCCGAGUUGCUGUGCACAACUUUGGAGUAAAGCACUAUGCAGGAGAGGUGGUGUAUGACGUGAGAGGGAUCCUGGAGAAAAACAGAGAUACUUUCAGAGAUGACAUUCUCAACUUACUCAGGGAUAGCAGUUUGGAUUUUGUGUAUGAUCUGUUUGAGCGGAUGAGUAACAGGAGUGGGCAGGACAUGAUGAAAAGCAGCUCACAGCAUCGCAGGCCGACAGUCAGCUCCCAGUUCAAGAAUUCAUUGCAUUCCCUGAUGUCCACCCUCAGCACAUCCAACCCUUUCUUUGUGCGCUGCAUCAAACCCAACAACAACAAGAUGCCAGAUCAUUUUGAUCAUUCCGUGGUGCUGAACCAGUUGCGGUAUUCUGGCAUGCUGGAGACAGUAAGAAUCCGGCGUGCUGGCUUUCCUGUACGGAGAACCUUUCAGGAUUUCUGCACCAGGUACUAUGUGUUAAUGAGAGGUGUGGCCAGGUGUGAUGACCCGAAGGAGGCGUGUCUCCAGGUGCUCCGCCUCUACGACAGCAGUAGUGCAGAAUGGCAGCUUGGAAAGACGCGGGUUUUCCUAAGAGAGAGUCUGGAGCUGCGUUUGGAAAAGAAGCGAGAGGAAGAAGUGCUUCGGGCUGCAGCUAUAAUCCAGGCCUACCUGCUGGGUUACAGAGCCAGGAGGCAGUACAAGCAUCUGCUGCAGUGUGUGACGGUUAUCCAGAAAAACUGGAGGGCACUUUUCUGGCGCAGACGCUACUUGAUGCUUCGCUGGGCCUCCAUCACACUCCAAAAAAGAGUUCGAGGCCAAAGGGCGCGGCAGCUCUACACACAGUUACUUGAGGAGAGGAAAAGGAGGGUGGAAGAAGAGCGGCGACAAAGAGAAGCGGAGGAGCGAGAGAGAGAGAGACAGAGACUGGAGAUGGAGCAGAAGGCUCGAGAGGCAGAAGAGGCUCUGAGAGUAGAAGAGGCUCUGAGAAUUGAGAGAGAGAAGGAGAUUUUGAGAGAUGCUCAGGAACCAACAUGUGUUUUGGCUGAGAGCAAACCCUCAGAGGAGGAAUUUGAGGACGAUGUUUUUGAGGAAGAAGCCCGUCCCAAUGAGGCUACACAAGUGGAAGAAAUCCUGCGUCUGGAGCGCGAAAUCGAGGGGCUCCGGAGGCAGAAGGAGACACGGGAGCAGACUCUGACCGCACGUUCCCUGGUACGUCUGCAGCAUCUGCGCGAUCAGGAGCUGCUCAGGCUGGAGGAAGAGGCCUGCAAGGCAGCGCAGCAGUUCCUCUCGUCGCUCAACUUCCACGAGAUCGACGAGUGCGUUCGCAACAUCGAGAGCACCUUAGUGUUGCAGGAUUGCCCUGGAGAAACUGAACAGGAGAGGAGGAGAGGUGGCGAUGAGGAAGAGGUGGAUGAAGGAUUGGGAGGAGACGAGGAAGGAUUUAAAGAUUCGCCGAACCCCAGUGAGCACGGCCACUCGGACGGCCAGCGCACCAGCGGCAUCCGCACCAGCGACGACUCGUCCGAGGAGGACCCGUACGCCAAUGAUCGUAUGGCUCCACCUCCAGCCCCACCCACAAACAUACCCUCAGCCUAUCAUGCACUAUCCUGCAUCAGGGACGCCACCUACCCUGGGGAACAGCAGGAAGAGGAUCUGAUCCCACCAGAUGAAGACUCCGAUUACGACGCUGAUGAGUAUGACGAAGGCGGUAUUGUUCUGCCUCCCAGCAUGUCACUGUCUGCGCUCCAGACUGGCAGCUGGUCACGUGACCAGCGCAGCUCCUUGGCGACAAGCACCAGUGCUAGCUCGGGGGUGUACAGGUUCAGCUCUGAGGGAGCACAAUCAUCAUUUGAUGACAGCGAGGAAGACUUUGAACGAUUUGAAACGGACGACGAGUCGUCUUAUCGCAGAGAUUCGGUCUACAGCUGCGUCACUCUGCCUUACUUUCACAGCUUCCUCUAUAUCAAAGGAGGGCUGCUGAACUCAUGGAAGCGCCGCUGGUGUGUGCUGAAGGACGAGACGUUCCUCUGGUUUCGGAGCAGGCAGGAGGCUCUGAAGCAGGGCUGGCUGCUUAAAAAGGGUGGCGGCUUGUCGACGCUCUCUCGCCGCAACUGGAAGCGCCGCUGGUUUGUCCUACGCCAGAGCAAACUUAUCUACUACGAGAACGAUGCCGAGGAGAGGAUGAAGGGCAUGCUGGACAUGCAUGAUGCCAAAGAGGUGAUUGAUGACACAGGAAAGGAAAAUGGAAUAGAUAUCGUGAUGCCUGAAAGAACAUACCAUCUUAUAGCAGAUAACACCGAGGAUGCAAGCCACUGGUUCAGUGUGUUGAGUCAAGUACACACGUCCACUGAACAGGAAAUCAGAGAGAUGCAUGAUGAACAGGCCAACCCACAGAACGCUGUGGGCACACUGGAUGUAGGUAUGAUCGACUCUGUGUGUGCAUCAGACAACCCCGAGAGGCCGAACUCGUUUGUGAUCAUCACAGCCAACCGUGUCCUGCACUGUAACGCUGAGACGCCGGAGGAGAUGCACCACUGGAUCGCCCUCCUACAGCGCUCGAAGGGAGACACGCGCGUCCAGGGCCAGGAAUUCAUUAUUAGAGGAUGGUUGCAUAAAGAGAUGAAGGGCAGUAGCCGAACUAACCUGAGACUGAAAAAACGCUGGUUCCUGCUUACCCAUAAUUCACUGGACUACUAUAAGAGUUCUGAGAGGAACUCACUCAAACUGGGUUCUCUGCUGCUGAACAGUCUGUGUUCUGUCCUGCCACCUGACGAGAGAGUGUAUAAAGAGACUGGUUACUGGGGGGUGACCGUGUUUGGCCGUAAACACUCGUACAGGCUCUACAGUAAGCUGCAAAGUGAAGUCUCCCGCUGGGCCAACGCCGUGCAGAAUGUCAUCGACAACAAACCACCAAUGGACACACACACGCAGCAACUCAUCCAGGACAUUAAGGAGAAUUGUCUGAACUCAGAAGUGGUGGAUCAGGUUUACAAGAGGAACCCGAUACUACGCCACACACACCAUCCUCUACACACACCGUUACUUCCUCUGCCCUAUGGAGACGUCCACCGCACCUCUGAAAGGGGGCGGAGCUAUAGCACUUUGCAGGCUGAGGCCCUGAAGCUAUUUUGCACACUCCAGCAGCUCGAGGGCGUGGCCGAGCCCGUACCAGUUAUCCAAAGCCUUCUGCAGACUGGUCAUGACCUCCGACCUUUGCGGGAUGAACUCUAUUGUCAGCUCAUUAAGCAAACUACUCGGCCCCCUGAGCCGGGUGGCCCCGCCCACAUCAGUGGCUGGAGAGUUAUAGCCUGUAUGUGCUGCACGUUUAGCCCCAUCUCCAGGAGUAUCCUGAAGUACCUCAAAUUCCACAUCAAAAGGACACGUGAGUUAUUCCCAGGCACGGAGAUGGAGCAAUACGCAGCAUUUUCCCAGGAGGCACUGAGGCAUGUACGUGGACGGGAAUGUGUGCCAUCACAUGAGGAACUGAGAGCCAUUCUGAGCAGACAGGAAAUGACAUCAACUGUAUACUGCCAUGGAGGCGGAUCCUGUAAAAUUGCCAUCAACUCACACACUACAGCAGGAGAGGUGGUUGAUAAGUUGUUAAAGGGCCUGGGUAUGGAGGACAGCAGAAACAUGUUUGCUCUUUUUGAACACAACGACAGCACAGAUAAAGCCAUUGAAAGCCGUGCCAUAGUCGCUGACGUCCUUGCCAAGUUUGAGAAACUUGCAGGUGGAGAAGACAAUCAGGGUGGAGGAUGGAAGUUUUAUUUCAAGCUGUAUUGCUUCACAGACACAGAGAACAUCGCUAUGGACAGUGUGGAGUUCGCUUUCAUGUUUGAACAGGCUCAUGAGGCAGUGAUUAGCGGACAGUAUCCUGCUCCUGAGGAAACUCUGCAGUUCCUGGCAGCUCUUCGGUUGCAGCAUCUUUAUGGAGACUACACUCCCCAGAGUGUGUUGCCGGAUCUGGAGCAAGUGUUUCCUGUGGCACGUCUGCGUGCCCGUAUUCAGCGCUUCACCUCCAGCACCGGUGGCACAGAGAAGAAGCGGGGCAGUUUCCUGGAGGGUACGCUCAGGCGGAGCUUCCGGGGCUCUCUUGGGCGGAAACAGGGAGAGAAUUCCGCUGCGAUAGAGGCGUGGUUUCAGGACGAGAAGGCGGAGUUACGGUGCUGUUUGGUGGAGAAAUGGAGGAAGAUGCAGGGAAUGAGUCACAAUAAUGCCAUGAUCAAGUACAUGAACCUGGUCAGAGAGUGGCAGGGUUAUGGGUCCACGCUGUUUAAUGUCGAGUGUGUGGACGGUGUGUAUCCUGCGGACCUGUGGCUGGGAGUAAGUCGUAAAGGAGUGUGUGUGUAUAAGCAGGGAGAGGCUUGGCCGUUGGAGUUUUUCUCCUAUGAGGCCAUUCUAUCCUUUGGUGCUCCACAGUCCAACAUGUACAAGAUCAGUGUUGAGGGAAGAGACCUGUUCUUCCAAACUAGCCAGGUGAUGGACAUCGCUAAACUGAUGAAAGCCUACAUCAGCAUGAUUGUACAGAAGCGUUUCAGCACCUGUCCAUCAAUCAGCAGCCACGGCACACAGUGCAGCAAAUGGUGAAACCUGACCGUCCGUGACCUUUCACACACACACAUACGCUGUAUGUAACCAGAGCGGUGAUGCAGAGUUACAAAACGUGAAUAUUGAGACCUGGCCGAGUUUGCAGUUUAUUUGUAAUGAAAACCUUUCCACGUCAAAGCCGAACCAUUCCAGCCAUACUGAGUGCUCAGUAAUCACUAAAGCAGCAAGCAAGGCGUGUUCUCAGGAGUGCUGUGUAAAUCAUGAAAAAAUGACAUUCACAUGAAAGUGCCUAAAGCCACUAUGCAGGAUAAAUGUCUUUUAAAUCCUGACACACGUUGCAGUAUGAACCCGUUCAGCGUAAUCAGUGCCAUUCAAAUUUCAGAAGAGUCCGCAAUGAAUUUUACCAAAAGUGUUUUAGAGACGCCGUGAGAGCGUUUAAGCUUUUAUCCUAUAGCGUUUCACUGGAGCUCUGCAGGCAGAACCUCCAUCCAAAGAGACUGUGCCUUUUUUACAAGUGCAUACACACACACACAUUCCCUGUAUGUACCGUCACAAUCGGCAAAUGCAUACCUACCCUCAGUGCCGUUCUUAAAUGUGUAUUUAAUGUGCAAUGUUUUUGUCUUAUACUGAAAAAAAGUUGUAUAUUUUUAAAUCCUUUUUAUUAUACAAUACUCCUGUCUCUCUCUUUUUUGAAAAUAUUUUUAUUCAAAAGUACUUUUACCAUUUUGUGUUAUUUUGAUUCCCAGAAUCGUAAGAAACACCAGCAAUAUGCAAUUUUGACAUUCCUGUGUAAUGACUGUGGUAGAUAAUAAAAGGACCAAGAAAA